AUGUCGUCGGCAAACAACUCAGCCACAGUAUAUGGCGGAGAUGAAAUCAAUGCCAUUGUUCUAGAUGCGGGAAGUUUCAAUACCAGAAUUGGUUAUGCUGGGGACGAUUUCCCGAAAGUGAUUGUUCCGUCGUACUACGCCAAAACCAAAGACGGUAAAAAACUCUUUGGAGGAGCUAUUGAACACCCUCGAGCAGGAGCCGAGAUCAUUCCGAUCAUCAAGGACGGCAUGAUCAAUGACUGGGAAGGUGCCAUAGCUCAAUAUAAAUACUACUUUGAGGAGGUGUUGAAAUUGGACUAUCAAGAACAACCCAUUCUCAUUACUGAGCCCGUAUGGACCACCAAAGAGUACAGGCAAAAACUCGUGGAAACAUUUUACGAGAACUUCAACUUCCCAGCGUUGUACCUUGCUCGAACACCCGCAUGUAUUUCCUUUCAACAAGGGCGACUGAGUUGUCUUGUGGUUGAUGUGGGCCACGAUUCUGUAAGCGUUGUGCCUGUUGUUGAUGGUAUCUGCUUGCUCAAAAAUUCUAUGAAGACAAACUAUGGUGGUCAAUACUUGAACGACCAGAUUCGUGAUACGUUGACCUCCAAAUUUCCCGACUUAUCGCUUGUGCCAAAAUAUAAAGUGAAGGACAAGAAAGCGACAGUAUACCCCGAGGCAGCAAAUUAUACACCCAGAGAUAUCCCAGAAGAUAUAACUCAAUCUUUUGAUGAAUAUCAGCUGCAGAAAAUGUACAAUGAGUUUAAAGAGCUUUUGUUAGAAGUUCCCGAGAAGAAGUUGAACAGCAGCAACGCCAGCCAUGUGGCGACGAUGAAAGAGCAAUACUUACAAGACGACCAGAAGCGCAUGAUGGAGUUUCCCUCAGGCCAGUCCAUUGAGGUUUGUUUCGAGAGGUUUCAGAUCGCCGACUCAUUGUUUGAUCCAGGAAGCUAUCCGUUCAAAGAUGAGAAGCUUGUUGAAAAGUACCCUCCAAAUAACGGUGAAUUAAACAUCAGCAGCCCCUACGAUGACUACAGACCCAUCAAAAGAAGCAAGAAAAACGAAUCUGGUCAAUCGACACCAACGCCAGCGCCAGACAAUGGAGCUACCAAAACGAUAAGAGGUGUGACCCAGUUGAUCUCGCACACAAUCUCUUCUGUGGACAUUGAUUUGAGAACAUCGAUAGCCCAUAAUAUUAUUAUCACGGGAGGUGUUUCAUUGAUCCCGCAAUUGACAGAGCGCCUUCAUACUGAGUUGCUGAAUGCCAACCCAGGGUUGAAAAUCAGGCUUCAUGCCCUUGGAAACUCAAAUGAAAGAACGAAUCAAACAUGGAUUGGAGGAAGCGUUUUGGCAUCAUUGGGUACAUUCCACCAAAUGUGGGUCAGCAAGGCUGAGUAUGAUGAAGCAGGUGUAGGCAGAAUCUUCACUCAGAGAUUUAGAUAG